UCUCGUGAUGGGGGAAGCGAGGCGGCCGAAUCUCCUCGUCACUGGCACGCCCGGCACCGGCAAGACGUCCUUCUCGUCUCUCCUCGCCGAGGCGACGGGAUUGGCGCACAUAAAUGUGGGCGAUUUGAUCAAGGAGAAGAAGCUCUACGAUGGAUGGGACGAGAUUCUCGAAUGCCACAUUCUCGACGAGGAUCUGCUCCUGGAUGAGCUCGAGGCGAGGAUGGCCGAGGGCGGGAAGAUUGUGGAUUACCACUGCUGUUCCUUUUUCCCCGAGAGCUGGUUUGAUGCGGUCAUUGUGCUCCAGACCAACAAUUCUGUGCUCUACGAUCGUCUUACUUCCAGAGGAUACUCCGGGAAGAAGCUUGAGAACAACUUGGAGUGUGAGAUCUUCCAAGUUCUCCUCGAGGAAGCCAGAGAGAGCUAUUCUCCGAACAUCAUCCGUGCCAUGCCCAGCGACACAAUUCAAGACAUGAACAACAACGUGGAGAUCGUCCAGCAGUGGCUACAAGCUCGAACGCCAUCGCUCUAGCUAACUACUAGCUACCAGGUCUG